ACGAGACUUGGAGUUGUUAGCAUUACRGAGGAAAGAGCGCACGCAUUUUUAAAAUAUAUUUGCCAUUUCGGGAAGUUUUGGAGCCGAAAUAUAAAUAACUUUUUUUGUGUUAUUCGGCCAAGAGCAUCAAAACCAAGAUGUCGGAUGAUCUGGCGAAACAAUUGAGCAGCUACAAAGCCCAGCUGCAGCAAGUAGAAGUUGCAUUAUCUACCGAUCCGGACAACGAAGACCUUCUCAAACUCCAGAAGGACUUGCAGGAAGUCAUCGACCUGACAAAAGAUUUAAUAACUUCACAGCCUGUCGACGGGGCGUCUGCGGCUAGUAGUUCAGACACAGUGCCUGUGAAGCGCCACUGGAAAAUUGGAGAAAAGUGUUUGGCUAUGUGGAGUAAGGAUGGACAGGUGUAUGAGGCCGAGAUUGAGGAGAUAGACCGGGAGAAUGGCACGGCAGCUGUUACCUUCACUGGAUACGGGAAUGCCGAAGUGAUUCCUCUGCAGAACCUCAAAGUGGUGGAGGAAGGGAAACGAUCCGAAGAUGAUGGAGGCAUGAAGCCAAAAUCGAAGAAAGAGCAGAUAGCAGAGCAGCGAGAGUAUAAGAAGAAGAAAGCUCAGAAAAAGGUCCAGAGGAUGAAGGAGUUGGAGCAGGAGAGGGAGGACCAAAAGUCGAAGUGGCAACAGUUCAACAACAAAGCCUAUUCAAAGAACAAGAAAGGACAGGUAAAAAGGAGCAUAUUUGYAUCUCCAGAAAGUGUAAACGGAAAGRUGGGAGUUGGAACUUGUGGUAUCGCAGACAAACCUAUGACCCAGUACAAUGACACGUCCAAAUACAACGUCAGACAUUUAAUGCCACAAUGACCUGAUAUACUUUGUACAUAAUAAUCUAUUGUAUACUAGCUGUGUCAGUGCUUUCCAUGGUGUUUAUUCAGGAUCCAAGUUACUCAAGUAAAGAAAACUUGAAAAGGAAUUGAUUGCACACCAGUGUUUUAACACAUUGUUGUAAUUUUCUUGUACAUUAUGCAAUUAGAACUGCAGAAAAACAAAAACAAAUCCAUGUCAGGARAUGUUCCACCUCUGRUACAAGAUCCUGUCUACACAAACCCAAGAUAAUGUUGUAGAAAAGUGUUAGUUUCCAUUACAGUCUAAGGCCAAAUGCCUACAAGAAAGUGUGUAAACUAAACCCAUUUGAGGCUGGAUUUUUCUCUCAUCACUCUGAAUAUUACACUGUUGUGAAUUUGAAAUGACUUAAUUUACAUUUUUUCUGUAUAUAUUUAAAAACAGUGAAAUAAACAUUGAUUUGUGUUUACUUUUUAAAAA